AUGGCACCCGGGGCUCUCCAUCCCUCCGCAGGGCUCCUGGGCAUCUCCACAGGAUCACUUUUACUGGCAGUGCAUUUCUACGGCGUGGCCAGGGCAGCUCCUCUGAUCCCCAGCACAGCUCUAGGAGUCCUCCUGCUGAUUUUAUCCUCUCUUUUGGCGUAUGCAGGAAUUCGGAGAAGCCCAAGAGAUGCCUCCCUCUUCCUGACUCUCUGCCUGAGCACCUCGGUGUUCUGGGGUGGCUACGGAGUCAUCUGCAUCCUGGGAGGGCAAGGAGUUCUGCAGGACCCCACGGAUCUCCGCGAUGCCUUGGUGCCCGGCCUGGUCACGUUUGCUGUAGCACUGCUCCUUGUGGCAGUGGUGGGCUUCCUCCGUGGAGAGGUCAUCCUGGCCCUGGUGGCUGGUGCUGUCUCUCUGGCCAGUGCUCACGAAGCUGCCCUGCGUUACAGCCCAGCUUUGGGUUCCUCUGCUGUGGCUUGCAGUUACGCGGUGGUCUGCGCGGCCUGCGGUUAUUUUGCUCUGGGAAGGAUUCUCUGUUUCCUAACCAAAGAGAAAAUUGUCCUCCCUGGCACAGACCUGGCCAAAACCAAGACCCGUGGGCAGAUGCGGUCGCCCAGUGGCACCAGGAAUCCUUUUGCAGCCACCGGCCUGAUCCUCAACAUGCUCUCUGCCAGUGUCUUUGGCUGCAGGCUGCUGGGUGCCACUGGCAAGCUCUCCAUCGGCCAGGUGCCCUGGCUGUGGGCUGCUGGGCUCUGCCAGCUGGGCAUCUGUGUCUCCUCCUACCGGGAGCUGGAUGUGCUCAUGGCCACCUUCUUUGGCUUCACCUCCAUCCUGAAGCUUGCUGGAGGCUAUUGCCUCCUCUACCCCAUCUGGCAACCAGAGGAACCGUCUUUCCCUGCCCCGUUCCUGGUGGUUUUCUCCAUUCUUUUUGCCAUCUUGGCUCUUUUCCUCGCCCUCAAGAGCCCGGUGGAUGGCCUCUAUUUGCUGCUUUACGUGGCCUACUGCCUGGUGCUGGCUUGCCAUCCCAAAGGGUUUUUCCAAGCUGGCCCCCAAGGCGUGGACGUGGCCGUUUUUGUGGCCUCAGCCUCGAUGACUCUCCUUCACCUGUACAAGGAGGAGGCAGGUGCCAGGAUCCCCACGGGGCAGGGGGCUGUGAGGGCCCUGCUGGCUCGCAGCAGGCUCCUGAAGCUGCGGGAAGGGGCAGACCUCCACGCCCCCUACCUCGGCUACUCCAAGUAUGCAGAUGCAGAGGUGCUUGGCUAUGCCUGCAGCGUCCUCGCUUCCUUUGCUCUGACAGUGACAGGGGACCCUCAGGCUCCACUGGCUGCCGUUGUAAUCCCAUGGGUGGUGGUAGCUGGAGGGAUCCUCACGCUUCUGGGUGGCUCGGUGGCUUUUGCCCGGGGGAAAACCCUGGAGAGCAGUGCUUUCAUCCUCUACGCUGUCAUGUGGAGCAUCUGGGGCUUGACAAGGUAUGGUGGCCUCUACAGCACCCCCAGAAGCUUCCACUCAGCUGUAGGCAUCGUGGCCUUCAUGCUUUUCAACGGCUUCAUUGUCUUCUGCACGCUCUUCUUGAACCUCGCCUGGUUCCUUUACUCCCUCACGUUCUUCCUCAUCGCUGUCAGCUUCUUGUUGGAUGCUCUUCAAGCUCUCCCAGCUGGCUACGACGUUGCUGCCACUCUCCUCUUUGGCCUGGUCAGCUUUUACUGCUUCCUCUCUGCCCUUUUUAACAGCACCUUUGAGGGUUCCUGCUUCCCGAUGGGUAGGCCCAUUGUGCAGCUUAGUGGUGUCGGGGGAGGAACGACCAAGUGCCUUCACCUGCCUGCCAGGAAAGCUUCCUCAGUCAAGAGAAUUGCAGAUAUCCUGAAGAACGGAGGCACUUGUGGCAUCCCCACAGACACUGUGUAUGUGCUCGUGGCAGCCUGUAACCGGCCUGAUGCCGUGGAGAAAGCUCACCACUCCAAGCGCCAGGCUCAGGAUCGCCCCAUGUCACUCUGGAUUUCUAGCCUGAAGCAACUGGAACCUGCAAAGCAUUUGUUCACACCCCUCCUCUGGGACUUCAUGGAGGCUGCCUGGCCAUCUCCUAUCAGCUUGGUGGUUCCCCGAGGUGAAUGGGUGGACUUCCUGGGGAUGAAGGACUCUGCCAAAUAUGUGGGUACCCCUCAGAGCAUCGCCGUCCGUGUCCCCGACUGCUCCGUCACCACGCACCUCAUCGACCUGGUUGGCCCCAUCGUGGUCACGUCAGCCAACCCAACAGGAGAAGCAGACACAACUCACCACAACCAAGUCUAUGCCAAGCUGGGAGAUAAGGUGGAUGCAGUCCUUUGUGAUGGGCCAUCUCCAGAGAACAUUGCCUCCACCGUUGUGGACUGCACCAGGAUUGACAGUGGAAACAUUGGGUUCUUCAGGGUCGGCAUCGUCCCCAAGUCCCAGGUGCUGCAGAUACUGGAGCAGGUGCAGAAGAGACACAGGUCGGUCCCCAGCAGUGGCCCUGGCAGCAGGAAGGGCCAGGAGGAACAUCUGGGUCACAGCCACGCUGCACACAACGGGGUGGGCAGGGCUGCCCCCCAGCAGCCCUGCCCCGAGGAGGGCUCCGAGAGCCACACUCGCCUCUGA